AUGAUCCUGGCAGCGAAAAAGCGCAAGCUCAAACUGAGUGUUGCGGCGAUAUGGCGCGACUCAUUUGACGGCGUCGACGAGCCACCGAAGGUGCGGACAUUCCAAGACUGGAACACAAUGGGUAUAAAGUUCACAAGAUUAGCUGGUGGCGGUUCUCUGUAUCUUCUUGUCCUGGUGGCAGCAAAGAACCUCAGGAUCCCAAUAGGAACGUCAGACGGCCACGUCGCUGAAGACGUAGGUAACCUCAUGCGUUGGCCGAACGACACUCCGGAGGGCCGCAAGGUCGUACACGUUCUCAUUCCCGCACUCGCGCUGCUGCGCAACACCCUUACACUCCGUCUAUCGGACAUCAUACCUGUGAAGCAUAACAGUUUUCUCGGUGACGAUGACUGCAGCAAUAUUGACGCGUCCGACAAGCUGUUUGAUGGGCUUAAAAAGAACGCCUUCUGUCUAGUACCUCGCUGCACGGAGACGUGGAGAGCCUGUUACGACGUUCCAGACAGGCUCUUGAAGGGAGCUUCCACUCAAGGCGGCCACCCUGACGGAACAGACGAUCUGGCUGGGUUAUCACCUCUAACCCAGCCAGAUUCCACGUCUUCCAGUCUGCAUAUCUCGCCCAUGGUUCUCUUCUCCACGCUACCGGAAGAGACCAUGCACCAUCCAUCAAUCCCUGUGCCGGUGAACGCGUACAACCAGCAUCUAGUUCAUACGACGUACAACGCUCAACACCCAGACAACACCAGGUACCCGUUGUCACGAGGCUGCAACAAAGAUAGCUUUGCAUGGACAGAACGGGCUAGAGUCAAAGCCGGCAAAGCGGACGCACCUGCAAGUCUGGAAGAGUUCCAAAGUUUGCUCAGCAAGCUCUAUGUCGACGGGAAGAAAUCCAACGACGAGGUGUACAUCAGGGUGCCUUUAGAAUGUGUUCAAGAUGUCUUGACUGUUCGAGACGCAGACAACAAUCUCAUGGUGUGCAUCUGCACAUCCAUGCCUGCGUCUCUCAAGGUUGACCUCACCUCACAACUCGUCGCCUGCUUCCCCAUCAAUCCCUUCAAGACUCUUGAUACCGCCACGCUCAGUUGCGGUCAGCCCAUUGAAUUCGCCGUGCUGUAUUUCACAUGGUACAACAGACACUGCACCAAGGGUCACGAUGCGCCUGUCGAUGUACCGCCUCGAAUGCUCAGUCGAGCGAACUGUUCUAGAACUAACUACGCUCAAAUGCUACCCUACCCAUCGAAGGACAUCGAGGAGCACAGGCCGAUAUACGACGCUCUGAAGACGAUUCUGAACAACGCAUUCUGCUGGAUCGAAGAGACUGUCCGGAGAAUAUUACCCGAAGAAUAUUCAUACUUAGAUGCUACAGCUAGCAUUCUGCCGGAUCACCAUACCUCCCCUGUCCACCCGUUCCUCGGUCUCGUCAUCAAUGCGACUUCGAAGGUGGCGAACUCUGCUUGCACGAAGCCGGCCUAG